AGUCGAUUCUGCCAAGGCGUCGGUGGGAAGUGGGCGCUAUGGCAUCAACCCUCCGGGGUUCAGUUCCCUUCAGUGUUUAUUGAUUGGGUUGAGUAUGAAUCAACCCUCCCCAUUUCCCUUUCCGUCGUCCUCUCUGUGGUCCUCAUCAUUCUCAUUAUCAUCCGGGUGGUGCAGUGCUGUCAAGCACGAAAGUCCAAGACUACCAAGGCCGUUGACUCAACGAGCCAGUCGACCGAUGCACAUGCCAAGCCCGACCGGACGCCGCCCAAGGAGAAGUUCAUCAAGGCCAUUAAGAGUAAGGGUGUGAGCUCCGCUGCCGUGCCACCAGAUGAGAAUGGAUCUCUUCUGAAGAGCGGUAUUCGGGCGAAUCCCACUAGGAAAGCCGAGAACAAGUCCUGGUACGAUUCCAAAGUAAUUCCUUUCAUUGACGAUGGUAGCGCCUCGCUGGACAAUCUCUACUUUCCAGAAAACGCGAUCCACGAAGUUGUUUAA